AUGCUUCUGGACCCCGACGUCCUGCGGAGUCAUCUAUGGGACUGGAGACUUGCAGAGAGAGAGAGAGAGAGAGAGGUGGGCAUUUGUCAUGACUUGCCUCCGAUCCCCUCUCCCACCCCGUUCGUCCCGUCCAUAUGCGCAAUUUCUGCCCUCUUGUGGACCCUACCCGUUUGUCUACCGUCCUCUCCCGAGGAGGACCCUCCAUCGUCCUAUCCGUCAAGUGUCAGUCACUACGGUAACUGGCCGUCCACCCUAUGCGCCCAGCCAAUCUCUUUCGUUGCGCAAAAAGUCGAGUGCAAAAGUCGUCCUGGCAACGAUCGGGGGCACGGCGGGCGGGACACACUACCAUCGAACUCCAGGCUAUCCACCAGCAGCACCUGUCCAUCAUCGGAUAUGUCCCUCUCCCGCCCGCUGUGCCCCGCGCCGCCGCAAAGCUUUGACCCCGCGGGGGUAUCACAUACAAAUACAUGCAUUCCAAUCGCACACUUGUGA